AUGGAAGAUUCCCUUGUCACAGUUAGAGCUUUACUUUUUUCUCUUGUUGUCGGGCUAUUGAUUAUAUGGGGAUGGAGGGUUUUGAACUGGGUAUGGCUGAAGCCAAAGAAGCUCGAAAAGUGCCUGAGACAACAGGGUUAUUCUGGAAAUUCCUACAGGUUCUUGUUCGGGGAAAUCAAGGAGAUCCUCACCAUGACCAGACAAGCAAGAUCCAAACCUAAGUCGUCCAUUACUGAUGACAUUGCCCCAUAUGUCAUUCCUCACUAUCAUCAAACUGUCAAGACUUAUGGUUUGUCUAAUAUCGCUGGGAAGAAUUCGAUUCAGUGGUUUGGUCCCAGUCCAAGGAUUACAAUCACUGACCCUGAGUUGAUACGAGAGAUAUUUACAAAAUACGAGUUUCAGAAGCCUCGUGUUAACCCCCUUCUCCGCUUACUUUUUAGUGGCCUUCUAACCCUCGAGGGAGAUGAGUGGGCUAAGCAUAGAAAGAUUAUUUCCCAUGCUUUUCAUCAAGAUAAAUUGAAGAGCAUGUUGCCAGCAUUCUAUGAAUGUUGUACCGAGAUGAUCGACGAAUGGGAGAAGAUGGUGUCCGUAGACGGCUCGAGUGAGGUCGAUGUGUGGGGCCUUGUCUCGUAA